GACGCAGCAUGGCGAGGGAAGACACGCGUGAAAGAAGACGAAAAACUUAACUACGAUGCAGCUCAUCAGACUCCCUGAUGAAUUACGACAUGCCAUCUUGGCUCUUACGUCCCCCUUGACUAAGGAACAGUCCAAGGGCGCGGUGGUGAUUAUGAAGCAUGUCGAGGCCGAACUUCAGGGUUUUUCGGGUAAAGAUCUCCCAGAGAAUGUGCAAAAAAUAAUUCAGGCACUUGUAUGCAAAUUAACAUCCAAUAAGAAGGAAGGCAUAUCCACUGGCCUUCAUACAAUCCUGAAACAGAAAGACCAGACAGUAGAGUUCACUUACGAAACUCUAAAGACGGAAUUCGAUGGCAAAGUUACUAGAGAUGAUGAAGUAUAUGAUGUGCUGGUCUCAGAAAUCCUAGGAUACAGUGCUUUGGUACGGUCAGGACACCUUGGGAAACAUCCGGAAGUACUUAAAGACACUGUUGUGAGAUUGCUAGCCUUGAAGGAAGGGGGAGAGGCUAUUGACAUCAUGAGAACAACAUUGGUCAUGGAUAUUUUGGAAAGAUAUAGUGAUUCUCCAGUGCAUGAUAUAGCAUUGGAGCAAUUGAAGACUCUUGCUAAUGUGCCUAUGAAGAAAAUAAAGCCAAGUUUAUUGUGGAUCCGCUUAGUCUUGAUGAAGAAAUGUUCAGAUAUGCCUAACUGGCUCUCUUCUACACUUGAUGCCAGCAACUAUACAGCUCUUGGUGAAGUGCUCAAGACAUGUAAGGCAUUGCUUCCAAAAGUACAUCCGUUAGUAGAAGAAUUAGCCAGUGCCCUUGCAAGAAGUGGCACCAACACCAAGUUCCCAUUGGGCGAGUUUUGGAGGAUUACCUUUUACUCUCGUUUACAUUCCCUUUCCAGUGAAGACUUACAGCUAGCUCUAAUUUUCCUCAAGAUUCUUAUACCCAAAUUGAAGAGAAAGUCUGAGGUAAAAACAAUUUUAGGAGAAAAGGUGAUCACAUUCCUGCUCAAAAAUGCCAAUUCCAACAAAGUUUUGAAGGCGGCACUCCCAGACUUGAGCAGAGUACUUGAACACUUGGUUCAGAAUCAUGAGGACAAGGAAGAGGAAGUCCAGUUGGCUGUUGUUGAGGCACUGAUUCUGCCGCCAGGCACUAUACAGUUUGAUUCACUGACUAAAACCAACAUGGUGCAGAGGACUAUUAAACAUUUGACAGCCUCAGAUGUCAAGAAACUUGGUGACUAUAUCACAAAGCGUAUAAUAGGCAAGGAUGACCAAGAAGGGAUGUAUGCUGAAGUCCUGGCUCUCCUAUUAAUGAAUCCAAAGAUAAAGGAAGACGUCCCUUGGAAGACAGAACAACUGAAAACACUGAUUAAAGCAACUCUGGUGACACAGAAAAAGAAGAUCAGUUAUCUCAGAAAUACCAUGAUGCAAGGACUUUAUCAAGAAUUACAGAGGGCUCCAUCCGCUUUGGCAUUUUUGAAACCAAUUGUUGAUUUCACUCACAAGGAGAUAGAUGCUUGCACUGAAGACAAUGGAUUGAUCAGUCCACAGAGCAAAGAACUAUGGGAUAAUAUCAAGAAGAAAAUUGCCACAUUGAAUUCUAAACAAGGAAAAUGGCCAAAAAAUAGUAAUCAGGUUCUGAAGGUGCUGUAUUAUGCCAUGACUUUCUACGUCAUGCAAGAUUUCAUUGGAGCGAGCAAGCUUCUGGAAAAGCUUGAUGACUGCCUCGAUGUAGCACAGAAGCAGGGAUCUAAGCAAGCCUCCAAAGAAGAAUUGCCCUGGGUGGUCACAGCGACAGAGUUGAUCCUAAAUUAUGCUCCGGGUGACAGCACUUUCAUCAGGGCAGUUGCGCAGUCUGCUUUCAAGUUGAUUGUACAUGACCAGACAUCAGAGACAAUAUCAAUGCUCGUUGAUGCAAUUGUGCCAGAGGGCAUGGAGGAACAAGAUGUUGAAUCAGAUGAAGAGGAGGAGAAGGAGGAGGAAGAUGAGGAUGAAGAUGAAGAAAUGAGUGAGGAUAAUGAUGAUGAAAAAAAUGAAGAGGAUGGUAAAGGGGAGAAUGAAGGUGAUCCACUGGAUGAGAUAGAUAUAGGUGGUGAAGAAGACAUGGACGAUGAUCAAGAUGAUGAGAGUGAUGAAGAUGAAUCAGCAGCUGCUAAGGACAUGACUGCUAAGUUGCGCUUAGAACUGGCACUUGCACAAGGAGAGCAUGAGGAUAUUGAUUUAGAUGAAGCUGCAGAGGAUGAAUUGGAAAAGCUGGACAUAGCAAUGUCUGCAAUUUUUGCAAAGUACCGUGGAACCAAGAAAGGAAAGAAGGAACCAAAGAAGAAACUGAGAGAUAUACAUUUGGAGUGUAGAGCCUACGACUUAUUGGAGGUGUACAUUGAGCAGCACCCAAGCAUGGGGUUCACUCUAGGCUUGGUAAGACCUCUCCUGGUGACUUUGAAUUCUCUAGCCACCACGAACGAGAAGGGGGAGAAGAAGAAUGACACCAGGAUCAUGAGAUUAAGGAAACUGCUUGAUGUUUUAGGAGAAGUUCAGAGUUUUGAAAAAGUAGACAUGAAUAUUUUAGAAAUGUCUGAGGAACUGGAAACCUUUGUGACCAGCACCAUUGACUACAAGUUUGCUCUUAGCAGAUAUAUAGCAAAUUGCCACACACUGAUGAUUAAGUGCAGCUUGCAGAUAUUGGGUGAAACUGCACACCGGAGCAACCCAAUCAUAGAUUUAUUUUCGGAGCACUUAUUCUUCAUGCUAAACAAGAAAGAACCUGAGAAGAAAAUCCUUAUGUAUACUGGAGCCUGCUCACUUGACUGGGGUGCCCUGUGGAAACUGGUGAAAGAUAUGGUGGACUUUACAUUUGAGAAAAAUAACAAAUACUUUGGGAGGACAAAUGGUCUGUGUGUCCUCUCACUUCUGUUAAAAAAUAAAGCUCUCUUCAGUCGAGCCACUACUGCAGAAGUAAAGCAGCUAGGAGAAUCUGUGUCCCAGUGUCUUCUUGGCAUUCUCAAAAAGUUCAACCUUAGACAGCAAGCGCGUUUUGUGUCACGCCUGUUUGAAUUUAUGAUUGUCCUGAGAGAGAAUCAUAGGGAUCCUGAUACUUCAGGAAUUAGAUGGGAGGAGAUCCUCGUUGCAGUAAGAGAUCUUGAUAAGGCAAUUCCAACUGCAAGUCGAUCACCAUUGAGGGUCUAUUACAAAGAAUUGGUCAGGGCACUGCAUAGAGAUCCUAAUCAGCAGGCUGCAGAGCCAGAAGGUAAGAAGCGGAAGUUUGAAGAGGAGGAGGAACGCAGGACUCAAAACAAGAGAAGAAAAGAGCUGGCGAGGAAGAAGCAGCAGAAGAAGAAGGCUAAAGCACAAGCGCUUCAAAAGGGACCAAAGAAAUUCCUUGGCAAUAAGGGUAAAGUGAAGAGAAAACGAGCAAGUCAGAAAAAGAGGACAAGGAGGUCAGAGGCAUAAAUAAUCUCUGACAAUAGUACUGUUUUUCUUUCUAAGAUAUAUGUUGCAUCAGGUUAGAAGCUCUAUGUAUGAUUAUAAUGAAUAAUUAUCUUUAACAGUGA